UUUUACUCCUGUUUCUCGUUACUCAUUCCCCUUUGGUUUUCCAUUUUCGCGGCUUCCCUCCCACUGUGUGUUCUUCUUGUUCUUCUUCCUUCUCUAAGCUCUUCUCUAAGCUAAGCCCCUCUUUAAUUCGAGUUUCCGGUCAAGCUUAUCAACAUUUCUAUAAUGGAGCAGCGACAAGGGAGAAGACAAUCAAAAAAGCAUAAGGUACUGGAGGCGAUGCAAGACAAGGAACCUUCUACAUCUGAAUCUGAUUCUGACUUCAGUCCCAAGUCAGAUUUAGAAUCGGAAGGUUGGAGUGCAGAUUCAGAAAGCAUGAUGAGUGAAGUUGUUGCCCUUCGCAAGGAGUUAAAAGAGAAGGCGAAGGCAAAAAAAAAGGAAAAGGAAAAAGGGUUGGCGAAGCAAAAGUUGAAGGGAAAACUGACCGACAAAGAUGAUGAAAGUGAACCAAGCCUGAAUUCCAAUCGUCGGAUAGCUAGAAAUAAAUCCUAUCAAGGUACAAAGGCACUUGAUCCUGCUGUAUAUGUGGAUAAUUCAAAAAGUCUGGGAGGUCGCAAAGUAAUAGCAACCUAUUAUCAGCACAAGAAGACAAUGUCGAAUGUCAAUUGUGCCAUGGAGACUUUAGGGAGGGUUGUUGCUUCCUUUAACCCUACCAAGAGGCGCAUUGUAUCUGAUAUGGGGUUCGGAAAGCUGUUGUAUUAUGCUGGGAAAAGUCUCCCACGGAACUUGUCAUAUUGGAUUGCUACCAGAGUUGAUGUGAAGAAUAAAACUCUGGUGGCCGUCGAUGGAAAAGAAAUUCGGUUGAACGUAGCCCAAGUGCGGUGGGUUCUUGGCCUUCCAAAGGGGAAAAAACCUCUUCCAAGGAAAUGUGUUGAUGAGGCUUUAGAAGCCUAUUUAUAUGACAAGUACAGCAUACCUAUGGGGCACGACACUUCUGGUAUUUAUAGGACCACUCUAUUAAACGUAGUUGAGGCCCUUUAGAUGAUGAGGAAGAGUUCAAGCAGGUUUUUGUGCUGUUACUGCUUAACAUUCUCUGUGCAACAUCCUGUCAAAGAGUGAGCAAGAAGCAAAUGCACCCGAUUGUCGUAGCUUCUCUCAAACCAAAGACGUAUGACUGGUGUUCUCUAGUGUUGGAAGAGUUGCUCCACGCUCUACAUGGUUUCAGUAAGAGGUUCUACUCGGAAGGGUGGGCACCUUGUCUUGGAGGUUGUACAUAUUUUUUGGCGAUCUUGUAUUUGGAUAGACUUCAAAGGAUUCCAGUACAAUGGGAUGUCUACCCACGCAGUAAAGUGUAGACCACAGAUGAAAUGAAGAAAGCAGAAAAGGAAGAUCGUUAGAGAGUCAUGAUUAUGGGAAACUUGGGCGCUUUACCGUGGAGGAGGUGUCAUACGAUAUACUUAUUAACCACCCAAAACGAGAAAUGGACACUCUCCCGACUAGAAGGCAUUUCAAAAGGAGAAGGAAUGAUGAGGUGUCUGGCUUUGACUCUGACUUUGAGGACACCGAGGACGAGUUGGAAAAGCUCUGUGCAACUGUUAAAUGAAGAAGGACACAUACGAGAGGAAAGCCAAAGAAGAAAAAAGAGAAUGCUAUCGAGGUAGAUCAUCAUCAUGAUGCUGCUGACUUUGAGGAACCUUUUGAUGGUGAACUUGAAGUUAACAUGGAGUGUCAUGAAUACACUCAUGGUCAGCAAGCUACGGUUGUUCCACCAGAAUAUGAAGUUGUUCCACCUGAACCUCACCACCUAGAGGUCGAUCAACAUAAGCAGCCAGAGGAGCAGGUCCAGGUCCAACCAGAGGUACAACCAGUGGUUGAACCACAGGUCAAUUCCCAUCUCAAACUUGAGGUGC